CUAUUUUCUGAUUUCCUUCCUCAUUCUUCAACAAUCUCCUGCAUCUGUUCACAGUCUCCUUGUCACACUUGUUGUGUACAGUAAAGUGGUACUAUACAUUAUUAAUUCGUGUGCGUGAUUAUCCGAUCCCGUGUGGAUAUCCGGCGUGAGAUACAAAAUGCGGAAGAAGACCAACCUGAAAUUAGCUGCUGUGCGUCGCGGCGUCAAACGCCAACUACAACCAACAUCAUCCAAACUCCACGCUUCUAGUAUUUAUCCCCACUAUGACGCCGACCUGCCCCCGCUCAACUUCGACGUCCUGGCCGACGACGGCACGUACAACGACCUCCUGGACGCCUCCGUCGCCGAGGACACCAUCCAGCGCAAAAACAAGAAAAAGCAGAAAACCGAGGACCCCGACGAUCUCCGCAGCACCUUCCAGGCCUCCUCCAGCGCCAAUGUGCGUUUCCUCUUGCCGACCAAGGGGAAGGAUGGUCUGCAGAUGCGCUACCAAGAGAUGGAGGAGAUCCCCGAGAAGAAGAAGGAGAAAGCUCAGGAACCCCGCGAGGACCCCCGCGAACCCGUCAAAUUCCCGCCCUUCGCGGGGGAUCCGCACUGGAAGCGGCGGAUCGCGUCGUUGUGUCUGGAUGUCAUCGAGAAUCCCGAGAAAAACUUGAAAUCGCUGCGGGAGCUGUUGGCCGGGCUCGGGGAACCCGGGGUGGAGGGGAACGUGAUUGGGGUGAUUUUAGCUAGUCUCGUCGAGGUUUUCAAGGAUAUUCUGCCGGGCUACCAUCACGUGGCGGGGGAGGUGGAGAAGGAGCAGCGCAUGAAGAAGGAGACGCGGGAACUGCAGAGCUACGAGCAGGCCUUGUUGGGGCUGUACCAGCGCUAUCUGCAGAAACUGGAGGGGCUGCUGGGGGCGCUGAAGGGGAAGGGGGCCCCGGUGGGGGCGGAGUGCGGGGUGGCCGUCAAGUGCCUGACGCAGUUGUUGUUGACGCAGAUGCACUUUAAUUUCCGCAAGAACCUCGUCUCCGCCGUCGUCACCAUCGCCACGUGCCGCGUCCCGGAAUUUCAGGAAACGGCGGCGGUGUGUCUGGAGACGGUGUUCCAGCAGGACAAGAGCGGCGACGCCAGCCUGGACGCGGUGGAGGCGGUGUCGAAGCUGGCCAAGAGCGGCGGGCAGCGGCUGACGCGGCGCUUAUUGGAGACGCUGACGUCGAUUCGGUUAAGUAAGCAGUUGAUGGAGGAAGCGCGCGAGAAGAAGGCCAAACCCGACCGCAAAACCCUGAGCCACGCCGAGCGGAAACGGCAGAAGGAAGUCGCCAAGGUGGAGAAGGAGCUGCAGGCCUCCCAGGCCCAGGAGAACGUCCGCGUCAAGGCCCGAUUGCAGUCGCAGAUUCUGCAAGCGUUAUUCGCGACGUAUUUCCGCAUUCUGCGGCUGGCCGACGAACGCACCCGCCGGAAGCUGCUGCCGGGCGUCCUGAUGGGCGUGGCCAAGUUCGCCCACCUGAUCAGCAUCGAUUUCAUGGACGACCUGGUGGAGACGCUGCACAAGAUCGUCCAGACGGAGGCCUGCUCGCUGCUGGAGGGGUUGUUGUGCGUGCGGACGGUGCUGACGUUGGUCUCGGGCCAGGGCACGGCGCUCAACAUCGAUCCGCACCGGUUUUAUCAUUAUUUACUGCAGGCGCUGGCCGGGCUGCAGGGCACGGAGGAGCGGGCGGUGUUUGUGCAGAUUGUCGAGUGUGUCCGCAAAGGGUUCAUCGAGCGUAAAAAGUUGAUUUCGGUGGAGCGCGCCAGCCGGUGCGCCAAGGGCCUGGCCAGCGCGGCGCUGCGCAGUCCCCCGGUGGAAUGCGUGGCCCUGUUACUCCUCCUCAAGUCCCUCCUGACCGCCCACCCCCGCCUGGACACCCUCCUAGACCCGGAGUUCGUCCAGCCGGCCCUCAUCAUCCCCACCGCCGCCGACGACGUCCUGGCGCCCGCCCCGCUGUGGGAACUGCAGAUGCUGCGCCGCCACCAUCACGCCGCGGUGCGGGCGUUGACGGAGAAGGUGCUGGGCCACGACCGCAUCGCCAAUCAGUGGGCGGGGCUCCUCAAGACCGAUCCCCUGGAGGUGCUCCGGGAUGGCGCGGCGUUCGGGCUGGCGGAUGUGUGUUGAAGCGGGGAAGGUUGUGUUGUGGGAGAAACUGAAUUAAAAUCAUGGGAAAAUGUGCGCUGCGAUUUGAUGGAAUAUUUUACGAAUUUAACUGCAGCAAUUAAUAUUAAA